AUGUCGUUGGUAUUUUCAGCUAUUGCUCUUCCAGAAUUGAAUUUAAAUUUAGAGCAAUCUUCGUGGUUCGCGAGCUUGUCUGCAGUAAGCUCUGUGCUUGGGAACUUGUUAACUGGCUACGUCAUCGAUAGAUACGGUAGAAAAAAAGCUUUUCUCGUCAACACCAUACCUGCAUUCGUCGGAUUCCUUUUCUUGGCUGUGGCUGGAUCUUCAGAAGUAGCCUAUCUUUACACAGGUCAACUAUGUGCUGGAGUAUCUCAAGGUGCAGCUAUAUAUGCAGGAAAUGUGUACAUAGCAGAAAGCUUGGCACCAGAUAAUUUGCGUUUUAGAAGUAGCCUGGCAUCGUGGAACGUAUUAAGUUCAGUUUUUGGCUCAACUAUGACGUAUGUUUUAGGCUAUUUUGUACUUUACAAAACUGUAGCUUUGCUAGCAGCUUCGAUCGCAUUAAUAUCGUCCAUACUGGUGCUGGUUUUUAUACCGGAAAGUCCGGCCUGGCUUGAUCAACAGGGUAGAUUCGAGGAAGCUCAACAAGCUAGGAAUCGAUUAGGUUCCGUUCACAAAUCAGCAAAUUAUAUGCCAAUUGGCGAUAAGGUGAACUCUCGAGAUGACUUUUACUCUUAUUUAUUGAAAAUUGCGAGAAGAGAUGUCCACAAACCACUGUUAAUUGCGGUAACGUACUUCCUUAUUCACCAGUUCUCCGGCACUAUGGUCUUCACCGCCUAUAUGGUGGACAUAAUCACUGUUAAAUCCUUGCCCAUUAAUUCCUAUCUUACCACUUUGAUUUGUGGGAUCAUCAUGUCGCUGGGCCAAAUUUCGUACACUGUUUUUUUACCAAAACUAGGAGUGAAAAGAAUCGCUAUUCUAUCUUCACUAUUGACGAGUUUGGCUACUUUGGUAUUAGCAAUAUGUAUUCAUUUGAAUGAUACAGUUACUGGGUAUUCUCACAUUAUCGGCUAUAUUCACAUUGUUUCGGUUUGGUGUAUUGUAUUCUUCAGUACAUUGGGUAUUAAUACAGUCCCAUAUACGAUAUUGGGUGAGAUUUUUCCUACAGAUGCCAAAGGAUUUGCUUCGGUUUCUGUCUUUAGCGAUAAUAUGUUUUAUUUUAUUAACUUAAUGAUGUACCCUCGAGCAGUGGUGCUCUCAUCUUAUGGUAUUUUUUAUGCGUAUGCGAUGGUAGGGUUUCUGGCUGUGCCAUUUGUUUAUUAUUGUGUACCAGAAACUGUAGGACGAAGUUUGGAGGAAAUUUGUUGCGACUUUACUUCGUAA